CGCACACCACUAUAACUGCCGGUGGGCUGAUCUAGCUUCCUGUCCGGAAGUAACCGCUCGGAUCAUCAGGAAGUUUGGGCGGUGGUUGAGCAGGCCGUCAGUUUGUUGGGUUUCAGGUAAAACCACACCAGAGGCAACAUGUCUAGCAAAAGUCGUGUGAAGGCAAAGACCGGCGCCAGGAAGCGCCCCCAGCGUGCUACCUCCAAUGUCUUUGCUAUGUUCGAUCAGUCACAGAUCCAGGAGUUCAAGGAAGCCUUUAACAUGAUUGAUCAGAAUCGUGACGGAUUUGUCGACAAGGAAGAUCUGCAUGACAUGCUGGCAUCUCUGGGUAAGAACCCAACUGAUGCAUAUUUGGAGGCAAUGAUGAACGAAGCUCCUGGGCCCAUUAACUUUACAAUGUUCCUCACCAUGUUUGGAGAGAAGCUGAAUGGCACUGACCCAGAAGACGUCAUCCGCAAUGCCUUUGCCUGCUUUGACGAGGAAGGAACUGGCUUUAUCCAAGAAGACUAUCUGCGGGAACUUCUGACUACGAUGGGUGACCGCUUCACAGAUGAGGAGGUCGAUGAGCUUUUCAGGGAGGCCCCGAUUGACAAGAAGAACAACUUUAACUAUGUGGAAUUCACACGUAUCCUCAAACAUGGAGCCAAAGACAAGGAUGAUUAAAUACAGAACCCUUCAUGCAUCAUCAAUCCUUCCUUUUUAAUCUUCAUUCUCAGCUAAAGGAGCUUUAUCUAAUGUUUCUGGAAAAAAUUCUAAGAUAAAUGCCAACCUUACAAAAAAAUGCCACGCUGCUCUGUUUGUGUGAUUUAUUUAAAGGUAAACUUUAAGGGGAAAAGAUUGUCUUAACCUAGACACAUCACUGAAGGUUGUUGGAAUAAGUUUAUUAUUUUUUUUAAAUCACUUUUGCUGAAGAUGUUUUGUACUGUAUGUUUGGUAUAGUACACAGCACGGUUGUUUAGCGGCGAGUCAUUUGUUGUCGUUGGUUUAACAGUGGGUUACUUCAGGCUCUUUUGAAACCAUACAGGUCAUAAUUGGGUUUUGUUGUGCAUUAUUAAUAUGAUUUUGUGUAUUUUAGGCCGAUUCCUAUCUAUCUAUUCCACUAAAGCAUACCUUCAAGUAAACUCAACAAACACUUAAUUUAGAUGCAGCAGAACUGCACAUAACAGUUUAGGAUCUCCUGGCGGUCCCAUUUCUCAGUGCUUUAAAUGUGGUGAAAUGUGAAGUGGUGGUGGGGUCUACAUGCACGUUUGCUGUUGUCCCGAUCUAGCUGAAUUUUAACAUUUUGUAAUAAAUAUGAACUUUUUCAAUAAAUGACCUAAAUUGUAGAA